AUGGCACCAUGUAGUUGGCUUUUGGGGGAGCAGCAGGCCUUUGUGCUCACCUACCAUGAGAGUUUCCUCGAAUGCAAAAAGAACGGGAACUAUACCAAUUUCUGGCCUCCCUUCUUUGAGAAAUGGGAAGAAAAAUGGCCAAUUAUUCUUGAAGAGGAGCCCGUAAAUGAGGAGAUGAAGCUCGAGGAGAUAGCUAAGGCAAGAGAUGCGCUUCAGACGUGUUUAACCGUCAAGCUAUGGAAUGACUUUGGUAAUUCGAAAGCUGGUCGCCGAGCAAACGCCGCUGGGAACACCGUUGUUAGCAAACUGAUUGGUGACAUUGCUAUCAAGUCAGGCAAGAAGAAAUCACGUCCUCUCAAUGCGACCGAGGUUUACGCCAAGAAAUAUUAUGCGUCGCGCGUACAGCCUGCAGUGAAGGAGGAACUUGAUGCCAUGAAGGACGCACCAGAUGCACCUGAACCGAAGAACGCGGAGGUGAAGGAGGAAGUCGCCAAAUUGGCUGAACAGAUGAAGGAAGAGAGGGUGAAAGACGGGAAACGUGACAAGGAGCUGUCAAAGGAGACAAUCAUAUCAAGACUUACAGAAAUCAUGUCAACAUUUUUCACCGAGUUGCACGAUGCGACAGGAUGGUCGUUCAGUGUUUUACUUGCUGGCCCUGACCCUAUGAAUGGUGGCAAACUCAACGUUAGUAGCUUGCAUAUCGGGACCACUACUGCCGGCAAUCGGUUCAAUCAUGCAUUUCCAAAGUUUGAGGAGAACAUUAUGGUGCCGUAUUUUGAAUUUGCAUCGCGAGCAUUUCUGCUGCAGUAUUGUUAUCGAAAGGAACUACACUCCGAGCCCCUUCAGUGA